AUGGAUGGAGAACUAGCAGAAGCCAUUGAGACUAUGGCCUCCGGAGACGACAAUUUCGCGCUGUUGCUGGAUCACGAGUACACGCAGAAUUGUAUUAGGUGGUUCGGGUCAGGCGCACUGAAGGGCGUUGACCGCGCGAGGGGGCUAGCGCUUGGGAAAGCGAACUCUUCCGUUUCCGCUGAGAAGAAGCUGCAGUUUUACCUCGUCGAGUUGCACUACCAAACUGCGUUUUACGGAAAUGGUGGUGAUAAAAGUCGCCAGGAGAAAGCUAUUUGGUAUAGUGCGUAUGGGUCUUGGGUUGGGCCUGGCGACAAAGUGGAAUUGAAGCUCAACUUCCUCAAUCCUUGCCAUGAAACCCAUGCUCAGCGGUGGAGAAAGCCGUACGGAAGUAGUGACGAGCGUGUCUACACGGGCAACGAGAGACGUCGAUAUGCGAUUGUUGCUUGGCCCAUGGCGGAUGACGCGGAGAACGCAGUGAAGUUCGUUAACAUCGAAACUGCGGCAGAAAUUCUGGCGAAGUUACCAUCCAUGGAUACGGCAAAGUUACGCAAGUUUAUGGAUGCGGGGGAUGCCAAGUUGGCAAUCCUGGAUGCUCGGGACAAAGAGUGCCAAGCGGACCCGCGGCGCCGCCAGGAAAAGUUUAUGCCUGUUGGAGCACUUUGGGAUCUGUGCCGUGCAUUAAGCAAGCUGUCGAGAAUGCGGUUGACUCAACGCUGGUAA